AUGAGCUGAGAUGGGAAAAUUCAGGAAAAAUAAAAGAGGAGAAAACUAGAACGAGGAAGAAAGAAAACAAAUGGAUUUACUGAAGCUUCCCUGUUCUCGUUACUAUCUGAUAUCGAGACCAUCCCUCUUAUUAUCUCCCUCUCUUCAGUCCACUUUGAGUUUUCGCUCUAAUAAGCCGCUGUUUCUCUUGCGGAGGAGUCGAAGAUUCAACACUCCUGUUCGCAGUAUAUCGUACCUCCCCACGAUUUUUGCUUCUCUUCCCACUCUGGACCUCACAGAGGAUAACGUCAGACAAGUCCUAAUUGACGCGCGUUCCGAGUUUGCACAGAUUUUUGAUGCUUCAGUUGGAAUAACAGGACAAGCCGAGCUAGCUGAAUUGGACGGUCCAUUUGUUAAGAUCAGUCUCAAAGGGCGGUUUUGGCAUAAACGUUCCACUGUUUUGGACAGGCUUGGUAAUUACCUGAAGCAGAGGAUUCCUGAAAUUUUGGAAGUAGAUAUAGAAGAUGAGAAACAACUAGAUGACAGCCCAGAAAACUUUUGAGCUAUUCGAGUUCUUCUCGGUGAAGUGUGGGUUGAAGCUGGCUAUCUCCUGUGGAAUCAGACUGCCUUAGUUUGAUCAAGAGUGCAAAAGCUGGGAAAGUUGAUGUUUGUGCUGAAGCUUGCUUUCUUUCUAGAGAUAUUGCAGAAUUGGUGAAGAACCUUACCUUACAGUGUCUUUCUUUUACAUUAGAAGAUCAAGCAAUGGUGUUGCUCAUGCGUUGGCUCGAAGAGGUCUUUCAGAUUAGGGUGUUUUUGUCAAUGUAUGCCCUGAUUGGUUAGAGCCAUUGGUGCGAGCUGAUUUGUCUUGGUUUGUGGUUGUUUAGUUUCUUUGAGUUUCCCUGUUUUGGGUUCUGGUUUCUGCCUCUGUUAUCUCGGUCUUUCGUUUAGUUCUGUUACUUUUGUUGUUUUUUGUUGAAGGCUUGAUUUUCCUUUGUAUCCUUUCCAUGGCUAUGGCCACCUUAAUGGAAAGUUUUAUUUGCUUCCAAAAUAAAAAAGACUGGCUGAAAACUGGGUUAUAUCUAUUCUAAGAAGAUAAAAUUCUCAGAAUGUA